CACGGAGGGGGUCCGGGUGUCAUACGGAGAGGAGAGUGGAGCGUGUUCCUGUCACCGCGGGAUGGCUAACAGGCUAACGUGCUAACAGGCUAGCCCCUGGUUAAGGCGGGGCUGUGUCCUUAAUGCGCUUCUAGUGCACUAGGCAGUGUCCAGGGGCUGUAGAGCUGUGUAUGGAGUGUGUAGUGAGCCUAAAACCGGAGCAGGGGUGUGUUUGAGACUCCGCCGCUGGUUAAAGCCCCGGGUUUUACUCUGAACAACGCGGAAUUAUUCCUGAUAAGUGUUCAUCACGAUGCGCGCGCCAGUCCUCACAGCGGAAUACUGCCGCUGUACAGGUGUUAUAAAGCGCUUAUAACGGGUGCGCUCGUGCCGGGACAUGCAGUGAGACAGGAAGAGAGAGUGAGACAGUGGAGACGUGUGUUCCUGUUGAUGGAUGUCGGAGCAGAGCUGUAUGAAGAUGGAGAACGGGAACACACACACAGCAGCAGCAGAGGUCAGCACCAGUACAGGGGCAGGAGGAGAGACCAGCACACUGAAAUCUGGAGGAGAACCUCACACUGAGGAGAACAUCCCCAACGGUCACGUCGGAAUGGAGCCUCUGGAGAAUGGAGAGCUUCAGGGAGAGACAGGAAAUAGCAGCUCCUCUCCCGUGUCGCUUCCUGGUGCAGGUGUGGCUUGUUUCCAUGACAGCGUAGAGAAGCCUGAGGGCUCGGCACUGCAGUCGCUCAGACUAAGUAUCCCAAUGCAGGAGACGGAACUGUCGAGCGAGCCAUCUCUGGAGAUGGAGAAUGAGGAGAAGAUCCGCCUGGAGGCUCGACGGCGUCUGGAGGAGCAGCUGAAGCAGUACCGUGUUCAGAGACAUCGGGAGAGGUCACAUCAUCGCUCGUCCCCUAAGUCUCGUCCCUGUAGUACCCUUGACCCAGAGCUCAUGCUGCACCCAGAUAUUUUGCCCCGUGCCUCUACUGUCGCCAUGACUACAGAGUACUCGUUCCUGCGCACCAGUGUUCCCCGCGGACCCAAACUGGGCAGUCUGGGCAUCCCGCCUCCCAAAGAGCGGAAGUCCAAAUCGUCACGAUCCGGAAAGAUCCACUCGCUUGCGGACUACAAAACCCCAGAUUCGUCCAGUGAGAGACCCUCGCCAUCCAGUGUUUCCGUCUCCACGGUUUCUGAGAUCAACACCAGCUCCGUCUCCACGGUUUCUGAGAUCAACACCAGCUCCAUCUCCACCCUGUCGGAAACCAGCGUCCUGGGCUCCGAAAACAGCGGGAACGACGGAGCGACAGAGCUCGGGUUAGCGGCUAGCAGGUCUACAGCUGAGAAGCAGGACGAGGAAGUGGUCGUGGGGCACUACCCCUCACUGAGGGAGGUGCUACAAGCAGCCAAUGAGGAGCUGGAGCUGGAAAAGGAGGGCAGGGUCAACGAGGAGUUGGAGAGCGAGGGCGGGACCGAGUCACGCAGCCGCAGGGACAGCUUCUCCAGCACUGUGUCGUACGGGAGCUCAGUGAUGGGGAAUCAUGAUGAGCUGCUGCAGGUGUUGAAGGAGAAGAUGAGGCUGGAGGGUCAGCUGGAGUCUCUGACCUCUGAGGCCAGUCAGGCUCUGAAGGAGAAGACGGAGCUGCAGGCGGAGCUAGCGGCGCUGGACGCGCGUCUGCGAGCUCAGUGCGAGGAGACGCGUCUGAGUUCUGAGCGGCAGGCGUCCCUGGCAUCCGAGGUGUCGUCCCUGCGCUCGGAGAGGGGCGGGCUGGAGAGGGCCAUGGCGGAGCUGCAGGGUCAGCUGGAGGAGAAGAACGCCGGCCUGGAGUCGCUCUCCAAAGACCUGCAGCUCGCCGAGCAGCAGUACCAGAGACUCAUGGGGAGGGUGGAGGACAUGCAGCAGAGCCUGAGCUCCAGAGACGUUACAGUGAGUGAGUUGCGUCAGCAGCUGACCGGACUACACACACAGCUGCAGCAGGUGGAGGCUGACCGCGCCGCUCUGAACUCCAGGCUACAGACGUCGCAGGCGGAGGUUCAGUCACUGCAGCAGCUGCGCAGCUGGUACCAGCAGCAGCUCACCAUCGCGCAGGAGGCCCGAGUCCGACUACAGAGUCAGAUGGCCAACAUGCAGGCGGGUCACAUGACUCAGAUCGGUGUGCUGGAGAACCUGAAGAUAGAGAACGUCAAUCUGUCUCACCAGCUCACGGAGACCAAACACCGCUCCAUUAAAGAGAAGGAGCGCAUCGCUGUCCAGCUGCAGAGCAUCGAGACGGACAUGUUGACGCAGGAAGCGACCAUCCAGCAGAUCCAGGAUGCGAAGUCGAUGGUGGAGAGCGACCUGCAGCAGAAACUGGAGGAGCUGGAGGAAGAGCGAGAGCAGCUGCUGAGAGCAGCCAGUAAAACCACAGCACUCGAGAGGGAGCUAGAAGAGGUGAGAUUGUCUCUGUCCCAGAAGGACGCUCAGCUCUUGGCGUUCCAGCGUGAACAUGUGGAUCUGAUGAAGAAGCUGACGGAGACGCAGGACGCUCUGCAGAGUAAAGAGCAGGCGCUGCAGCUGAUGGAGGCGCGCUACGAGCAGCUGCAGGCCGAGCUGGACGAGCUGCAGGCCGACUCCUCCGCCCGAGACCAAGAGCUGCAAAUCCUGCACAACGAGAAGGUUGUGCUGGAGGUGGCGCUGCAGGCGGCGCGCACCGAGAAGAGCCAGCUGGACGACGGGGCCGAGAAACUCGGACAGGACGUGCUGGACUCGUCUGAUGCGCUCCAGAAGCUCAGACAGGAAGUGCAGGUCCAGACCACGCAGAUCGAGUCCUUACAGCAGGAGAACGUCUCUCUGAAGAAACUCUCACAGAAAUUGAAGGAGCAGUUCAACCAGCAGAAGGUGAUGGUAGAGGCGUACAGGCGAGAUGCGGCUUCUAAGGAGCAGCUGAUCUCCGAGCUGAAGGCCACCAAGAAGCGUCUGCUGUUGGAGGUGAAGGAGCUGAAGGAGGAGGUGCAGCGGGUGGAGCAGGAGAAGAAGAGCGCCGAGCUGGAGCAGCAGCGCCUCCUGCAGGAGGUCCAGAGAGUGCAGCAGCAGAUGAGCAGCCUGGAGGAACAUCUGCAGGAGGUGCAGAGCGAAAGAGACCAGCUCGACAUGCAGCUGCAGUCUGUACAGUUUGACCAGAAUCAGCUGUCUGCAGUCACGGAGGAGAACGAGGUCCUGAGAAAGAAGGUGGAGGAGAUGCAAGGCGAGGCCAAGAAGGCGAUUUCGGAGCAGAAGGUGAGGAUGAAGAGGCUGGGGACAGAUUUGACGAGCGCGCAGAAGGAGCUGAAGGCCAAGCACAAGGCGUACGAGAACGCGGUGAGCAUCCUGAGCCGACGGCUACAGGAAGCUCUGGGGGAGAAGGAGACAGCAGAGGCGGAGCUAGUGAAGCUGCGAGCGCAGGUGGACGAGGGCGGGAACAACCAGGCUCUGCAGGCGAAGGUGGAGUCGUUGCAGGCGGAGCUGAACACCGUGCUCCAGAGUAAAGCCCUGCUGGAGAAGGAGCUGCAGGAGGUCAUCAGUCUGACCAGUGCCGAGCUGGAGGAGUAUCAGGAGAAGGUGCUGGAGCUGGAGGAUGAGCUGCAGGAGUCACGCGGCUUCAGGAAGCGGAUCAGACGCCUAGAGGACGCUAACAAGAAGCUAACGCUGGAGCUGGAGCACGAGAAAGGGAAGCUGACCGGACUCGGACAAUCCCACAACGCGCUGCGGGAGCACGCUAACGUCCUGGAGGCUGCGCUAGCCAAGAGAGAAGCUGACCUGGUCCAGCUCAACCUGCAGGUUCAAGCCGUGCUGAAGAGGAAGGAGGAGGAAGACCAGCAGAUGAGGAACCUGGUGCAGACGCUGCAGGCUGCUCUGGAAAAGGAGAAGAUCAAAGUGAAGGAGCUGACCGAGCAGGUGGCUGAGGCGAGGCUGGAGGCUGCUCAUAACCGCAGGCAUUACCGAGCAGCCGUACUGGAGCUCAGCGAGAUCAGGAAGGAGCUCCAAGCCAAAGAGGAGCUGCUGAGAACCCUGCAGGAGGAGGCCAGGAGACUCGAAGCUCAGGACACUCAGCGCUCUCAGGAGGUGUCCCGCUUCGAGGCCGAGCUGGCUGAGGCUCACACACAGCUGCAGAUCUUACAGAAACAGCUGGAUGAUGAGGUCAACAAACAACCGCUCACUAAUCAGGAGGUGGAGGAUCUUAAGUGGGAGGUGGAGCAGAAGCAGCGGGAGAUUGAUGCACAGCGCCACCAGCUGGAACUCUCGGAGAAGUGCAACCAGAAAGAGCUGGACACCAUGCAGGAAACACUGCAGAGAGUGCGGGUGGAGCUGGAGAUGGUGCAGGAGGAGCUGACCAACACCAGAAAGGAUAAGUUUGUGCUGCAGGCAAAGGUGGGUGAGCUGAGGAACAGCAUGAAGAGCCUGCUGCAGCAGAACACGCAGUUCAAACAGGAGCUCAAACACGCACGCACACGCAAGCAGCGGAUGGAGGUGAAGUGUGACUCCACUCCUUUGACCCCGGUGAAGAUUCCGGACUGCCCGGUUCCUGCGUCGCUAUUGGACGAGCUGCUGAAACCGGCCGCCUCCGUCAACAAGGAGCCGCUCAACAACCUGCACAACUGCUUACGACAGCUCAAGGAGGAGAUGGACAGUCUACAGAAACAGAUGGAGGAGCACACGGUCACCGUGGCGACCUUCGUCUCGGCAGAGGAGGAGCUUCAGAAACUGGGUAUCCACAACGACGGGGGUUUGUCCAAUCAGGACAAGGAGGCGGAGCCCGAAGAGACAGCCUCUUCGUGAAGCCCCUGUCCAGUCAGUGAGAGGACACGUUUUAUCCUGACCCGCACUUUUUAAUGGACCGGUUUUAUUUACGUUUAUCUCGCCCAUAUAUGGUCGUGUCUCAUCUUUGUUGGACCUGAUGCUUUAUUUGUUUGUCCUUUGUGUUUUUCUUUUAUUUAUCUGUUGGAAAGUUGGAGGACUGUUGCUAGAAUUCACCAAAAAUCACGUGAGGUAUAUAACGAGGUGUUCAGCAUGUGGACACGCCCCAAUUAGUGUUCUCUCGGGGGUUAGGCUGCCUAAGCAGGGCACAGAGAGUCUCCCCGGGUUCUGUCUGGCUCGGGUAUAGUCUAAUAAUAUGAUGACCCUUGUGAUGGUGAUAAUGUGGUUACUGGACACACACCGAGUCCGGUUCUGAUCCCAUAGAAUUCCCUGAACAGUGUUGUGGACACAGUCCUAAUAUCAGAGCUUUCAUACCUCUUCAUCUGCUGAUUCUGAAUCAGAGUGGAAUUGAUUCUUUUGAAUCGUUGCUGUGUAGUGAUUCAAUCUCACACUGCACAUGUUCACAUAUCUAAAUAAAAAACAUCUGAGGUGUGUGCAGUGCUGAACGCGUUCAGUGAAGUGUGUGUGGGUGUGUGGAGGGCUGAACGCGUCCAGUGAAGUGUGUGUGUGCGUGUGUGUGUGUGUGUGUGUGUGUGUGUGUGUGUGUGUGUGUGUGUGUGUGUGUGUGUAGGGCUGAACGCGUCCAGUGAAGUGUGUGUGUGCGUGUGUGUGCGUGUGUGUGUGUGGGGCUGAACGCGUCCAGUGAAGCGUGUGUGUGUGUGUGUGUGUAGGGCUGAACGCGUCCUCGUUCAAACACAUUUAUUCGGUGACAGAAACUAAAAUCUCAUCAGAGCGUUACCAGUGAAGUGUGUGUAGAAUCCCUGACGUGACCCAGGUACAGGGACUAGAGAGUGCUCCGAAAUCUCACCUGCAACGCUAAAACCCAGGUUCGUUCAGUUUCUGCAGCCAUAUGAUUCAGAGUCAAAUUAGUGUUGAAUCAAAGUCGAUUCAGAGUCGAAUUAAAUUCAAUUCAGAGACGAUUCAGAGUUGAAUCAGAAGAGUUGAGUGGGAAGGAGACCGGAUCCUCAGGCAUGACGCCGUGCCUCUGUCCAGCUGGAGGCUCGCAGCAUGCUGCGAUGUGGCCAGUAAGAUGAAGUGCAGGCUGCAGACUGACCCCACAGUGAUGAAUAUUGUGUAGAUGUUUAUAUGUAAAUAAAACAGAUCUAUAGACGUGUGAAGGGGUGAGAGCUGAAUUCUGGCUUUGACCCAGCCGAAAACGGUUCUGUUUUUUGUUCUGUUCUGUGCAGGAAGUCGUGUGUGUGUGAUGUGUAACAGGGUAUCCACACACAGCGCUCGUCCUCACACUCUUGGUGAGGAUCAGGAGUUAAAGGGCUGUAAGAGCACCGUCUCUAAACCUCACGAUGUCUGUGAGCGUCAGUCGGUCAGAUCACGGCCGUUACUCUGACACGUUGUUGGGAUGACCGGACGCCCAUAUUUGGUGUUGUCCUGUACACAUUGUACACGUGGGUCAGGAAUUAAAGGGCUGUUAAUCGCUGAGUAAAGAGCAAAAGCACCGGCUCCUGAAUAAACUCGCCUCCCUCUCUGGAGUCUUCUGAAUCCCCGCCCCCAAGCCCCGCCCUCAGGGAAAGUCACCGCGGCGAUGCUCUCAUCACAACACUGUGCUGAAGUUACAGGGUCACGCCUCACUGAUCUCAUUACCAUACACCACACGCUCGGGUGGGUCACUUCAGUUAGGUAGCUCUCUCUCUAUCCUUCUCUCUCCCUCCUCCUCUUUAACUUUCUCUCUCUCCAUCCUUCCUUCUCUCUCUGUACUUUCCACAGCUUCCAAAGCUCCUCUGUUGGAGAGAGGCACUCCUCACUCUGUCCUGCUCACAUCAUCAUCAUUAUUAUUAUUAUUAUUAUUAUUAUUAUUAUUAAUGUUAUUGUUAUAUGAUCAGUUCUCAUGAGGUUGCAGUAAAGUACUGAGUCGUCGUUGAGAGCUGAAUCACUGACGUGUGUGUGUGUGUGUGUGUGAGAGCGCGGCGUCUCUGCAGUGUGUCAUUGAUCCUGUAUAUAAAAUGGAGCUGUACUCACAGAGAUGGACACUGACUUUGCACAACUGACCGGUUGGGGGGGGCAGUUGAAGAUGUACAAUAUUCUUUUGUUUCUGACUGAUCCUGAUUUACUGUCGUGUGUGUGUGUGUGUGAGACGAGACUAACUCUUGCUCUCAGUGUGCUUCUGUGACACACACACACACACACAAGGUCCAGCUUUGGCACUGGAACCUCACAGCUCCUGGGAGAUAAUAGAGAUGAGCUUUAAAGUGGACGUGUGCUGAGCAGCAGCUGAUGGUCGUGUCCACUCUCCUCACUGACCAAGCCUCAGUAAAAGGCAUGUAUUGUGAUGCUGAGAGUCUCUGCACAGGUCUACUUUAACGCUGCUGCAGCGGCACUUUAAGGCUGAAGAAGAGUGUAUAUGAUUGUUCAUGAUAAAGUUUAAAAUAAAUAACAGAUUUACUUCCA